UGGCUGAGAAUAUAAUUUUGCUUCCAGAGUUUCCUCAUCGCUGAUUUUAUCAUUUCACAAUUCGACUGACGCACGCCUCAUUAAUACAUAUUUACUUUACAGUUGAAACAAACCAUGGUAUGGUGUUUUCACAAUAAUGGUAUACUAUUAAGUUUUGUUUCAGUGAAUUCUGCUUGACUAGCGACAUAUUUAUUUAUAACGUGCAAAAUAUUGGUGCAGGCCUAUUUUGAAAUAUGUACAUGAGCAAUCCGCGAGUAGGCGCCAUGGAAGUGAAUGUAUCUCAUUGUCCAGAUGUACUAGAAAUGGAACCAAAGCCAGAGAAAACGGAAAUAGAUCGUGACAAGGGUGCCGCAGAUUGUUCAAAACCUGUCUACAAUCUCACAGAUUUUCUGGAAUCAACGACCAUGCACGGUGUGAAAUAUACAACUAGGAACCACAGUACAUCAAGGAGGUUGAUAUGGGGUUUUGUAAUUUUGUUGCUUAUGUCCUGUGUCAUCAUAUCUUUCGUGAAACUGGUCAUUCGCUUUGCAAGCGGUGAAACCUCCACCAUUAUUACACAAAAGGAAGAGUACAAUCUGGAAUUUCCUGCCGUCACUAUUUGCAAUAUCAACAUGAUAUCGAGCGAUAAAAUGAAUGACUCGCCAGUGAAAGAUAUUCUGUUCAGCGACAUUUUUAUUGGUGAAAAAUUGAGCAAAACUGAUGUGCCCAUGAACACGAACUUGGAAGAUAUAAAUUUAUACGCAGAGAUUCGAAAAGUGUCGCACGAUAUCAAAAAUAUGGUCAACGACUGUCUCUGGCUUUCAGAAUACCCUUGUUCAUAUGAGAACUUUACGGAGGUGAUGACAAACGCUGGAGUCUGUUUCACAUUUAAUUCUGCCUUGAAUUCUAGUGGUCUUCGAGUUGGCGGCAGUGGAAGCGAGAAUGGGCUGUGGCUAAGGCUUAAUGUCGAACAGGAAAAAUACGUACCGGUCAGAAACUAUGCUGCAGGGUUCAGGGUAUUGUUGCAUAGUCCGAAUGAAAUUCCAGAUGAAAUGAUGGAGAGAUCAUUUUUUAUUUCCCCCGGAUUUAUGACCCGUGUUAGUGUCAAUAAACAAUCGUUUUCGCGUCUCGCAGGGUACUGUCCAAACGAUACAGUCGACAACUAUACUACUCAAAGCUGUCGUGCUACAUGUCGGGCUAUCUACACAGAAUUGAUGUGCGGAUGUAGCCUAUAUUACUCCAAAGGUGCUAAGGAGCCAUGUUCAAUUGAAACUGCUAACAGAUGUAUUCGAGAAUCAGCUGAAAGUUGUGUUUGUUCUCCACCAUGUAAUGAAGAGGCAUUCGUUUCAAGUAGUAGUUCUGCCUAUUUUCCUGCCGAGGUCUUGGCUGGCUCAAUAAGUCAGUCCCUUAAUAUGUCAAUUGAUAGAAUAAGAAUGAAUUUCGCCGAGUUGACUAUUUUCUACAAGUCUUUAAGAGUGGAGCACUCUACUAUGGUCUUAUCCUACGAUAUAUACAGCAUGUUUGAGACCAAAGCUGCUAAGGACAAUGGAAAUCAAGGUCCCAAAAGUUGUGAUUCUAUUUUUGAGUAA